AUGUUUACCACAUUCGUUGAAGUUUGGGCGACUCCGCUCUUGUUCUUCUCGAUGGCAUUUACCUUCAUGUUGAUGUGUUUACCUACAAGGCAUCAUCCAUCAAACAAUGAGAAGAAGCGGGUUGUCGUGUUGGUGUUAGGGGAUAUUGGCCGGAGUCCAAGGAUGCAGCAUCAUUGCUUGUCGUUGGCAAAGAAAGGAGCUAUAGUGGAUCUUGUGGGAUAUGAAGAAUCACUUCCUCGUCCUGAGCUACUCGGAAAUACUAAUAUACACAGAUACCCUCUUCCGGUGCCUCCAAAGUUAUUCAACACUUCUACACCGCUUACAUUCGUCAUUUUUGCACCUUUCAAGGCAUUCUUCCAGUUCACCUCAUUGCUUUACUGCCUUCUCUAUGUUAUCCCGCCAUCAGCAGGCUAUAUUCUUCUACAAAACCCACCGGCCAUACCUACUCUCAUUGUCACCCAGUUCGUUAGCAAGCUGAGAAUGCAGAAGGUUGUUAUUGAUUGGCACAAUUUUGGAUGGAGUAUUUUGAUGAUGAAGCUCAACGAGCAUCCUAUUGUGUGGUUCUGCAAAUUUUACGAGAAAGUCUUUGGGAGGGCCGCAUACGCAAAUUUUACGGUUACAAAUGCUAUGGCAAAAGUUUUAAAGGAUGAUAUGGGAAUCAAAGCUCCCAUCAGAACUUUGUAUGACCGACCGCCAAUGCAUUUUGUCCCGCUAGACGCUGCUGCUAAGAAGGAAUUUCUUGAAUCGCACCCCGCAACUAAACGCCAUGCAGCUGCUAUACUUUCAGGGAAAACCAAGAUGAUAACUUCUUCCACAUCCUGGACGCCAGACGAAGAUUUCUCUCAGCUGCUCGCAGCUCUUCUUUCAUAUGACAGUUAUGCGAGUGGAGCAAACUUUCUCAAGCCUGGCUCAGCUCCUUCAAUUCUUGCAGUUAUCACUGGCAAAGGACCCCUGAAGGAUGGGUAUAUGGCUACGAUUGAGAAGCUUGAAUUUCAAUUUAUCACCGUAGAGACUGUAUGGCUGGAAUCGGAGGAUUACCCGAAGAUGAUUGCCUGUGCCGACUUGGGAAUAAGUUUGCAUACUAGUACUUCUGGUGUAGAUUUGCCAAUGAAAAUUGUGGACCUAUUUGGCGUGGGCGUUCCGGUUGCUGCGUUCGGGUUUUAUGCUUUGAGGGAGUUGGUAAAGCAUCGCGAGAAUGGAAUUGUAUUCAAGGAUGGUCAAGAUCUGGGUGAAAAUCUGAAGACUUUGUUUAAUCCGAGCUCAAGGGAGUUGGAACGGUUGAAAAUGGGGGCUAUGAAGGAGACCCAUGAUCGAUGGGACGAGAAUUGGGAUAAUAUAGCUGCACCAGUUUUUGGACUUUGA